UCAGUCAUGUGACCAACUGUUUGCAGGUGGAGACGCGGAGCGUUUGAGUGUUGCAGAACGCUUGUUAGCUUGUUUUUUUUAACAUUGCCUUCUUUUUAACGGCCCGACGUGAAAACGAAAUGAACUCCAGAAGAAUAUAUGACGCUCAACCUGUGGACCCGGCAGCCAUGACGGGGAGCAUAGAGGAAACCAUCCCAGACGACGGUCCGCUCAUAUCUGCAGAUGCACUCCACUCAGCCAUCAGCAGGGACUUCCAGAAGAUACCAAUGUGGCACACUGUCCUGCUGUCACUUCUACAUGUGGUGUUUGUGGUGUUGGCCGUGGUACUGGCUGCCAUGUGUCUCUUAAAACUUGGCAAUGCUGAUGAAUGCGCCAAAAUUCUGGGUGGAAUGAGUGGCACAGAUGUCAUUGCGUUCGGAAAAGCAUGUUUGUGGGUGGUGGUGCAGCUCUACACCGAGUAUUCGCACCGACAUCACAGUAACGCUCGAAAGCGUGGAUACCUGCGCUUCUACAGGCAGACGAAGUCCCUGAAGAACCUGCCCAUCACCGUCCACUCUGCAGGAACGGUGGCCUUUUUGGUGGUUCAGGCUGUUGGCCUGAGUCCUGCAGUGGCCACCUACUUGCUGAUUGGAAUUUUGGCAUUGGAGCUGAUCCUGGUUGUGCCUUUUCUUAUCUACCAUUUGGCCACAGUGUGGAAGCACAACAGUCGGAGACCUGCCCCGGACGUGUGCGAGGACGAGCAUUCACAAAACGUCCCCGGUCGGACCACAGAGACCGGAUUCAGGGAGGGGUCCAAUCUGGAGGAGGUGGUGGAGAAGCAGUCCGACCUGAUCGAGUACCUGAUGGAGCACAACAGAGCGCUCAGCACGAGGCUCCUCAAUCUGACAGUCCAGCACUGACCCGGGUCUUCCACUUCCAUUGUGAUGACCGACAUCCACACGCAGAACUCUGGGAUGGACUGAGGAGCAUUCACGUGAUGAGGAGGAGGACACGCUCUGAGACAGUUAAGCAGCUGAGGAGUUGUGGGUCACGGAUCAAAGGUGGAGGUUUUUAUCACUGUGUUACGACCCGGAGCGAACCGCUGCCGCUUGUGUUACUGAGGAACAAACAUUGUCUGCGCUGAGGACAGACUGAAGGCUGGGCCUUGGUCAGGAGGAAGAGUGUGUUUCAUGCCAAACGUCUGCUUAAUAAAUCUUUAACGUGC